AUGGUUUUCGUAAGGAGACUUGCAUUUUACACAAACUGAGCUGUCAGAAGAGGACAUAUCACAGUUUGGAAGUGAAGCACCACCAGAAGUGGUACAGGUAAAUAUUUUAUUGCUUGGGCAACGAUACAAGCCCCACUAUCAGAAACUUUAGCGCAGGAAUCGACGGCAGAUCUCGUGCAUUUGUUUAAAUGAUUAGGAAAAUACCCGCUAUCACAUUUAAGCAUGAGCUACCACUAG